CCACCCAUUCCGUAGAAAUCGAAAGAACCAUUAUUACUUGAGAUGCAAAUUCCAAAGACCUAAUCCCCAAAUUAAGCAAGCAGCUCUGGCCUAGCAAGCAGGCGGGGACUCGGCACUGCGAUUAACGGCCUUUUCUUCUUGAUCAACAGCGCAAACUCGUCGGCAAAAUCAACAACUCCUCCUUCCUCGUCGGCAAGCUUCCACUCGAAACAAUGCAAGAACGAAGCCAAUACAUACUUCAUCAGCCUCUCCGCCAAAUGAACUCCCGCACAGCUCCUCCGACCCGAACGGAAUGUACCGGAAACCACUGCUCCCGCCGCCCAUGAAAUCAAACGCUGGCAGUUGGCAGGAUAGAAUUGUUAUUGGAAAAGCCUGUUUUACAUUGAUUAGAUCAUGGAUAUAUAUACACAAAUCUGAGUAUGGAGCCAUGCUCUAUACAGCUAGGAGGUAGCUAAUGAGGUCUCCCGUCCCCACCGUCCAGAAACCGCUCCGGUCGGAGAUCCGACGGCUCGUCCCAGAACUGAGGGUCCCUGUGGAUGGCCCAGCCGUUGACGACGACUUCCGUCCCUUGGGGGACAGUGAAUCCGCCGACUUCCGGUAUCUGGAGCAGGGCUUUGAAAUGGGCCAUGGAAGCCAAGGACGAGGCAUCACCAGAACCCAGCAGAACCUGCAACAAAUCCUUCUUCUUGUUAUUAACCCCAUCCCCUUCCUUCUUCUCUCCACCACCGCCCAAUCUCUUCUCAAUCGCCGCGCUCACAAUCCGAUCAAACCGUUGAGGCAUCCGGCGCCAGAGGUGUAGAAGAUGUAGCUGGGGAGGCCGAAUUCGUCGGCGACGUAGAUGAAUGUGGUGCAGAACAUGUCCACGAGGAGCCCGGAGACGAGAGGGGAGGCCUGGACGAGCUUGGCGACGGCGUCGCGGACGUGGGAAUUGUAUGAGUCCAUGAAGAAUUUGACGACGUCUUUGACGGUGGGGUCGACAGCGGCGUCGUUGGGUGGGAGGUCGAAGAAAAUUGACCCGGUCGGAGAGCGCAGUGGCGGCGAGGGAUUUGGUCAUGACGCAAAGGGAGACGAUCGCGUAGAUGGAGGUGGUAAGUUUUAUUUUUAUUUUUUAUUAGUUGUAAAAUGAUGUGUAAAUUGUAAAUAUUUAAAUUUUAUUAUUUUAUUAUUUUUUUAAUGGCCACGUCACUCAUUUAACGGUCAACUAUAAUAAUUGACUGCCACAUCAGCAAAAACUAACGGAGAGUGACCAAACUUGAACUAUUGAACUAAUCUUAGUGACCAUGAAUGAAAUUAAAUAUUUGCA